UAGCCUUCAGUAACGCGGCGAGAGUUUGAUCUGGACCAGCGGAUCAUGGACGCGCCCGAUGCGGUGUUCUUCCCGGACCGGCGGGCUCCUGCCAGUCACCUCCUGCUGGAGCAGCUGCCCAGCUAUCAGUCUCUGCUGUACCGGAGGAAGUCCAGCUCCAGCGGCAGUGCCAGGAGGCGGGGCAGUGGGCGGGGCAGGCAGCCGUCAAUCAACAGCGGGAAAUGGGCGGAGCAGAAACCUGUCCACGGCGGGGAGGAACUCAAACCCGUGAGGGAGCUUCCCAAGAGCAUGCAGGAGAAACGCUGGGAGAAGCAGCAGCGUCUCCAGCAGGGCGGCACUCUCACCGGCUGGGGUUUGUGGAGGCUCAAUGUCCAUCGCUCUCUGAAGCGUCUCAAGGAGGACGGGAUGGAUGUGCUCUCGUCUCUGCAGCUCUGGAGGGCAGAGAUUCAUCUCAUCGAGGGCAUGUUUGGGACGGGAAUCCUGUCGUAUUUUUCAUUCCUGCGCUUCCUGGUGCUUCUGAAUUUCAUCAUGUUUCUGCUGAUGUUUGUGUUUGUGAUGCUGCCGGUGAUUAUCACAUCACACAGCGCACACAACGUCACCUACAGCAGCAGCAACGUGAGCGUGUGCAGUGAGUAUCUGGGCUCCUCUCGCCAGGGUCUCGUCGUGUUUCAUGAGCACAUCACAGACCUGCUGUCUGGAACGGGCUUCCUGGAGCACACCUACCUCUUCUACGGUUACUAUAAGCUGGAGUUCAUUCAUUCCCGCUUCACCUACAACCUGCCGCUGGCGUAUCUGCUGGCUACGGUCUCGUACCUGCUGCUGAGCCUCGUCUGGAUCGUCAAGAGGUCUGCGGCCGGUUUCAAGCGCAAGCUCAUUCAAGACGAGGACCGCUUCCAGAGCUUCUGCAACAAGGUGUUCGCCGGCUGGGACUUCUGCAUCACCAACGAGAACGCGGCGCGUCUCAAGCGGAGCAGCUUACUGUAUGAGCUCAAGAUGGAUCUAGAGGAGGAGCGAAUCAAGCACAAGAUGGCGAAUCGCACGCGCGGCGAGAGGUGUCGCAUCUACGCUCUCAGAGCCGCUCUCAAUCUCUUCGUCAUGGCCGUCCUGGUGGCGUGCUUCUACUGCAUCUAUGUGGCCACAGUCUUCUCGCAGCGGAAGCAGGCGGAGGAUCAGAAGAGUAACUUCCUGCUGGAGCUGGUCGUGGAGUAUCUGCCCUCCAUCGUCAUCACACUGGCCAACUUCAUCACGCCGCUGAUCUUCAACCUCAUCAUCGCCUUCGAGGACUACUCACCUGCGUUUGAGAUCCGCUUCACGCUCAUGAGGUGUGUGUUCAUGCGAUUGGCCAGUAUCGGUGUGAUGCUCUUCUCUCUAUGGGACCAGAUCACGUCCUGUGGAAGUUCAGGCUGUCCCUGCGGCUACAACCAUAAGCUCUACCCCUGCUGGGAGACUCACGUCGGGCAGGAAAUGUACAAGCUUGUGAUCUUUGACUUCCUGAUCAUUGCUGCCGUCACCAUCUUCGUGGAGUUUCCAAGGAAGAUCAUCGUGAAUAAUUGCGACUGCGGUUUGGCCAAGUGGUGGGGGCAGCAGGAAUUCGCCAUCCCACAGAAUGUGCUGGAGAUCGUUUACGGCCAAACCAUCUGCUGGAUAGGAACCUUUUACUGCCCUCUGCUUCCUGCCAUUAACACCGUCAAAUACGUCCUCGUCUUCUACCUGAAAAAGGUGUCUCUGGUGACCAACUGUCGUCCCUCCACUCGUCCGUUCCGAGCUUCCAGCUCCAACUUCUUCUUCCUGGUGGUGUUGCUGAUCGGCUUGGCUCUGGCGUCCGUCCCUGUCAUCGUCAGUAUUGCAGAAAUCCGCUCGUCGCGAGCAUGCGGCCCGUUCGUCAGCUACAGCACGUCGUGGAAGGUGGUGCCGCGAGUGAUCUCCCAGCUGCCCAUCGGCCUGAACUCAUUCCUGCUGGCGCUCGCCUCCGAGGCCUUCGCCGUCUCCUUCUUCGUCAUCACCUGUCUGGGGAUGUUCUAUGUCAUUGCCUUGGCUGGAGCUCAUAAGCGUGUGAUUGAACAGCUCCGAGAUCAGCUGGCUAUGGUGAGUCUCCACAUCAUGAUCAUGAUGAUGAUGAUGAUGGGUGGGGUUUUAUCUGAUAAUUUUCUUGUUAUUUCAGUGCAACAAAUGCUCUAGUGUCAUUAACAGUCCAAAUCUUCAUGAAUGUUUUAUCUUACAGCCUUUGAACUAAAUGCACCAGAAAUCAUUUCUAAUAUCUCAAACUCAGCCUGCUUUGACUUUAGGAGUCACUAGAAAUAAGGAGGGAUGCAGGAGUGUUUAAUAUGUGUGAACUGCAGAUUGGAUGGAUGAAUACAAACUUACAUUUACAUUUAGUCAUUUUGCAGACGCUUUUAUCCAAAGCGACUUACAAUUGGG